CACAUCAGCUAACACCCUGGGAACUGGAGUCCCUUGAAGGUCAACUGCUCGACUGGCUUCUGACUUGAGUUAAGGCUUCAAGGCACAUGGAUACAUGCCAUUGGAGCCGGUUGACACCAGACCUCGUUAGGCGCAUUGCUGAGUUUGCCAACGCGAACGAUGUGGCGGGGUCGUGGAUGCUCGUCGACCGCGCGACCGCAGCGGCCCUGCGUGGCAGCUAUUCAUUCAUAACACCUGGUCAAAAGCGGCAGUCUCAAUGGGAAACCCAUCGGGCCCAGCAGCCGUGGCCCAAGUAUGCCUUCGUGGCGCACUGGGGCCGCCCCGAGCCCUGGCGCUCGCUCAGCCUACCCCAGCGCGAGCGGCUGUUGUGCCUGGCCGCGUCCUCGGGCCACGCGCCCAGCCUGGACGCGGCCCUGGCGCACUGCGGCUGCGUCCUGAAGCCGGAGGUGCUGACGGCGGCCGCCGCGGCUGGCAACCUGGCGGGCUGCGAGCGGCUGCUGCACGGCGAGGGCUGCUCCUUUGAGUGGGGCGCUCUCAGACAGUCGGCGGAAGCGGGGCACUUGCGAGUUCUGCAGCUGCUGCUUAAAAGCUUUGGGCCAAACGCCUUCGUGCUCCCGAACUUCUUGGCGAGGGCGGCGGAGGGCGCCUAUGCCGGCGGCCAGCCCCACAUCCUGGACUGGCUGCAGCAGGCGCACGGCAACAGGCCCUGUUCAGGCAGCGCAGAAGCAGCAGCUGCAGCCGUAGCGGCUGUGGUAGCUGCGGCGUACGGUGGCCAGGUGGCGAUACUCGAGGACCUGCUUGCCAGGAUGCAGGACGAGUUUGGUGGGCACCAUCAUCAACAGCAGCAGCAACCGCAAAACGAGCAGCAGGAAGGCGCGCCAGCAGCAGCAGCAGCAGCAGCCAUGGCGGCAGAAGACGACCCGUCAGCCGCCGUCUACUCGUGUCGCUUGCUGGCGGUGAUUGCCCGCGGCUGCCCGGUGGAGGUGUUGGAGCGGCACUACCACUCGAACUGGCCCUGGCCACCGCCCAUGCCGCCGCCCAUGCCGCCGCCACCGGCUGGCGACGGCGACAGCGAAGGGGAGGGCGACAGCGAAGGAGAGGGCGACAGCGAAGGGGAGGGCGACGGUGACGGCGAAGGAGAGGGCUCUGAGGACUCUGAGGGGGGCUUUGAAGGGGAAUCUGAUGAGGAGGGCGUUGAAGGGGACUCUGAGGAGGCCUUUGAGUUCCAGGACGAGGCGGAGGACGGCGGCGACAUCAUGGCGUGCAACUGGGGCCUCAUCUCGCUGCUUGACGCCGCCGUGGGCAGCCCCACACCCUGCUGGGCCGCCAAGCUGGACUUCCUGCUGGACGCCUGGGGGCCGGAGGUGGCGGGCCAGGUGCUGAGGGGCGAGCGCGGGUGGCAUUGUGUUUGGAAGCGCGUGUCGGUACAGCCGGAUUACUUGGCACGGCUGCGGCACCUGCACGAGCGCGGCAUGCCGCCUGACGCCGGUGCUGCAGUCGAGUCCGCGGUCCGCGGCGGGCACGCUGAGGCGCUGGCGUACCUGUGGGACGAGUGCGAGCUGCCGGUGAGGCAGUUCGACAUCGACUCUGGGCUGAGGGCAAUCAUAGUCUGCGGCACAGUGCCGGACGGCUAUCUCGACCUACUGAAGCUGCUGCGGGCGCGCCGCGGCGUGUACCUGGGCACACGCCACGCGAAAGACAUGGCCACCGAUGAGGCUGUGGUAUGGCUGGCGGGGGUGGCGGUGGAUGGCAUGAGCAGCGGCAGCAGCAGCAGCAGCGGGGAGAGCAGUGCAGACAGCGGCAGUAGCAGCACUAGCAGCAGCAGCAGCAGCAGCAGCAGCGAUGGCAGCAGCAACGGAGGUGCGGAGGUGCCGGAGACGGAGGUGGAAGGAAAGGAGGAGGAGCGGGGGGUGGAAUCCAACGCGGCGGCCGGGGGAGCUGAGGAGCACGUGCACGUCAUCAGCAGUCGCCGGGAUGACACGCAUGACACGGGCAGCAGCAGCAGCAGCGGCAAUAGCAGAUCGGGUAGCAGCAGUGGCGGGGAACGCUGGCGUGAGGACUGGACUAACGCUUUUGAGGCCGCUGCCAGUCGAGGUGCGGGCCUUGCCGCCCUGCGUGCGCUGCGUGCUCGCGGCGCGGCAGUGGACCUGGCUGCGGUGGCGAAGGGCGGCAGUGAGGAGGCGCUGGAGUGGGCGGCGGCGGAGCUGGAGGCGGAGGGCAAGCUGCAGCCGCUGAGGGAGGACGCUGUGUUCGGAGCUGGCAACGUGGCGGCUCUGGACUGGCUGCUGCGCCGGCGCCUGCUACCGCCGCCGCCAAUGGGGCUCUGGUGGAGUCCGCACCUGCCCAUGGGCUGCUCCGGGCGGAAUGCGAGCGGGUUCUGGCGGGUGCAGCUGGCGGCGCACCUGGAGAUAUGGAGGCAGGGGCAGCGGCAGGAGCAGGAGCAGGAGCAGGGGCAGGAGCAGGAGCAGGAGCAGGAGCAGGGGCUGCAGCAGGAGCAGGAGCAGGAGCAGGAGCAGGGGCAGGAGCAGGAGCAGGGGCAGGGGCUGCAGCAGGAGCAGGAGCAGGAGCAGGAGCAGGAGCAGGAGCAGGAGCAGGGGCAGGAGCAGGGGCAGGAGCAGGAGCAGGGGCUGCAGCAGGGGCAGGAGCAGGAGCAGGGGCUGCAGCAGGAGCGGAAGCGGAAGCAGGAGGAAACGCCAGGAGGCCAGGAGCCCGACACGCCGCAUGUUGAUUCAGGCUACCCGCAGCUGCAGCCACAUGGACAGGAGCAGGGGAGCCAGCGCUGCUGCUGGGGAGCAGGUGUGUGGCAGGAGGUAGCGAGGGAGGCGGCGACUCGUGCGGCGCUGGCUCGCUGCGUGAGCACGUUUGCGCUACACCAGCAGCGAUGGCUGGAGGUGCAGGCGCAGCAGGCAUGUGUCGGGUGUGCGGCAGGCGGUGCAGGUGCGGGUGUAUGUGAUCCAGGGCUGUAGGUGCUUGCGGACAUGCAGGCGUGGAGCGUGCCGUGCCGUACCUCCCAGGCAGGGGUGUGCCGUACCUCCUAGGGCCCGGUGUGGCCCUGUGCCUCGGCCCGCGGGUGCGCCUGGUGCGUGUGCCGCACACUCAGGAUUCUUUUUUUAAGCCGUCAGCAUGCUUACAGCCGGCAAAAUAAUAACUCCCGGUGGCAAAAUAAUAACUCCCAGCGCCGGCAGCGCUAGCUGGCGCAGCAGGGCUACGGUAGUUUAUUUCUUGAGACGGAUAAAAGUGGUCGUUGCGGUGCCAGUGUGGUUGCUCGAGACGAAUGAGUGUGCGAUGGGACAGUGUUAAGGCAGGUUGGUGAAGUCCGUGAGUAGGGUGCAGCUGAUUCCCAGACCCCAGCAGAUGGCAAACAAUUUGGAACGCCAGUGCAGGAGAGUACAGGUAAUGGUCAUUGCGGUGCCACGGUUGACUCGGGCGGGCUGGCAAGCGGCGGCGUGUACCGUACUGCUAAAUAUGUUGGGUGGCAACUGGUAGGGCCGUGAAGGCUGCGCGGCACUUGGGGACGCACAAAAAGGGAAAUAAUAAUCUAUAAUAAUGACCGAUGACCGGGUGGCGUUAGGCCGAUAGGGACAUAGGGUUACGGCAUCUCUGCAUCAGCGGUACGUCGGUGCGACAUGCAGCCGUGCGGCUCUUGCACUGCCGCACUGUCCUUUUCUGGUCGGGUUGCCACUUGCCAGCACACACACACACACAUACAGACACCUGCGCCAACGGCCUACCUGCCCGAAUUCUCCACCUUCGGUGGAUUCGGGGCAAUGGGGCAAAUUCCUAAAGUGCAAAU